AUGGCCUGUGUACCCUGCCUGGAGGCACGAGUGCGCCUGGCCUUGCCACCUGCCACAAGCACCGCCACGGAGCCCCGUCUCUCCGUGCAGCCAGGCACCUCUGGGAUAGAGGAUAGCGGUGAUGGGGGACAGUGGUCACCAGUGACUGGGGCUGCCUCGUCCCAGCCCAACGUUACUGGGCUGCUGCUCCUCUCCGGGCACGCAUACACCUCAUCCCGCUGCGUGGCCGUGGAGGUCUGGGCACCCUCGGGCCCCAUGCUGCGCGGCCGAACCGUGGGUUGGGUGAUCUUCCGGUGCUUCGAGGCGCCGCUGGGCUCCAAACUCCACAUCUCAGCAUACAUGAACUCACGGGGCCGGCAGAGGUUGAGCCAGCAGCAGCAGGUGCCAGACUGCUCGUGGCCUGCAGCACAGGCUGCUGUCCCCCAGUGCCAAGUGCCCAGGCUGCGGGUCUCCCCGGGGCAGAAGGAGGUGGUUGUGGAGGUGCAGGGGGCUGCAGUAGGGCACAGCUACACACUCCGGCUGUACCACAACCGUAGCCAUGGCAGCAGUGGGCCGGGGCGUGCAGUGACCACGCAGAGCAGUCCCAUGAACUUUGUCCUGCCUGCCGAUGAGGUGCUGCCCUGCCUCUGCCUGCAGGUCUGGCUGGAAACCCAGGACCCACUACGGGCCACCCUGUGCCCCUUCUCUCAUGAUGCCGAGGCCUGGGAGCGACUGUGGGCGCAGAGCCAGCUGAUCCUGCAUGUCGAGGGGCAGGUGCUGACCUCCUCUCUCUCAGCCCCCUGCGACCUCCUGGCUGAGCUGGUGCCCUGCUGGCAACCAGUGCCCUCUGGGCCCUGCCAACCCCUCCCUGGCCUGCAGCAGCCUGCUGGGGGGCAGGGACCCCAGGAGUUUGGAGGGCUGCGGCCACACCCCAGCCUCUGCGUGCAGGUGUGGAGCAGUGGGCAGGUCCGGCUGACCCAGUGCCUGCGGGACCGAGCGCUGCCCGGCCGCCCUGAUGACCUCCUGCUGCUGGAACAUGGGAAUACCUCACUGUGUGCCAUGGAGCAGGGUGCCUGCACACCCCUUGCCAGCUUCACCAGCAUGGGAGCAGGGCACCCUGGACUGCUGGAGCAGGAGCUGCAGCAGGAUGUGGCAGUAGGGCAGUGCCAGCAGCUGUGGCACCCAUUGAACAGCACUGGGGUUGCACUCUGGGCCUGUCCCCUGCAGAAGUACCUGCGUACCCACUGGGCACUGGUGUGGAUGGGGGUGCUCCUGGGGGCCACCUGUCUCCUACUGCUGCUCUUGGUGAAGAAGGAGGACAUGAAAGGAUGGCUGAAAUCCCUGAGGGCUGGCUAUGGCUCUAGGGGUCCACUGCACGGCCGGCGGGCACUGCUGGUGCAUGCAGCAGAGCCGGUGGCGGAGCGGGCAGCAUGUGCCUUGAUGGCAGCUCUGCACUCACUGGGGCUGACAGUGGUGGCAGCACCGGGGGGUGGCAGCGGGGUAGCGGCUUUGGGGCCACUGCCCUGGCUGCACGCCCAGCACCACCGGGCACUGCGUGACAGUGACACUAUCAUCCUGCUCCUCUCGCCGGCAGCCGUGGCUGCUGCACAUCAGUGGGACACCGGGGCCAGGGUUGUGCCAGAGUCCAGGGCUGCUGAGAGCAGCCUUGGGCCCCGGCACAACCCUGGCCCUGAUGAUGUCCCCACUGUGGCGCCCUGCGAGGUGUUUGCGGCGGCUCUGUCCUGUGCCAUGCCGGUGCUGGCGGUGGCCAGUGCUGGUGGGCACUAUGUGGUGGCCCGGCUGGAGACCUCGGUGCCAGCAGUGCCACCAGCACUGCGGGCAGCCCCUGCCUUCGCACUGCCCAGCGAGAUGGAGGCGUUCUUGCAGGCACUGGCAGGACCAGCUCGGCAGAGGGGCCGGUGGCUAGAGCCAUAUGUGGCAGUGGUGGCCGAGGCUCUGCAGCGAGCAGUAGGGGAAUAAAGGGGUGACAGUACUCUU